AUGGUUACACCUGCUCUGCAUCCUCGCACUUCAGACAGGCUGCUGGAUAGCGAGAAGAUCGGAGCCUCCCUGCUGUUAUCUGGAGUCUUCCUCGCUCUGGUGGGUGUCACCUUCACAGCAAUGGGCUGGCAACACUUCCAAAGUAACCUCAGCUAUGAGUGGACGCAGUUGCUGGGCCCCAUCCUGAUCUCGGUUGGCGGCACUUUCAUCCUCACCAGCGUCUGCAAGUUUGGGAUCGCCACCUGUUUUCCCUGCAGACGGCGGGAGGAAGAAGAAUUUGUGAUACCUGUGAGAGAGCAACCCCCAGUUGGACAUCCCUUCGUGUUUCAUGGCAUAAAUCAACCUGUCAUGUUAGGAGGUACCACCACCAUGCUGUGCAUUCCACCUCCAUGUAGUUUUACGACCCCGGAAGUACGGCAGGCCAGUGAGUUCCAGCCUGGCAGCUCCGUGAGCAGCAUCCAGGCAGCUCUUCCUCCAUACGAUGCCGUGUGCUGUGUGGACAAUGCAGGCUUCACGGCAGAAGAAGGCAGCUCAGCUCACAGCACAGAAACAGGCCAGAGAAGAAGCCGUUUCCCUGUCCCGAUGGAGGUCCGACGAGACGAACAUGCAAUAAUCCGCUCCAGUCGUCCAGGAUCAGCGGGCCUUCGGAGUCCGGGCUCGGUCCUGGGACUCUGUGGCUUUCAUCUCAAUGUGAGUCAGGAGUUGAUUCAAACAUGGAGUGAUGGGAGAAUUAACCCCUGGGACCCAGCUUUCAAUGGGCUCAGCUAA